AUGGCAGGCGGCAUCCCAUCAGCAGCUCCCCAGCUGGCCGGCGGCUACCUCACUGGCCGAGCCCUCAUCUUCCCCCUAUCUCUCAUCAUCUCCCUCUUCUUCCUUUGGGGCUUCUCCUACGGCCUUCUCGAUGUUCUCAACAAGCACUUCCAGACCGUCCUCAAGAUCUCUCGCUUAGAAUCCACCGGUCUUCAGGUCAUGUACUUUGGCGGCGGCUACCUCCUUUUCUCCCCAGUAGCAGCAGAAUGCCUCAAGCGCCGAGGCUACAAGCAGACCAUCCUCAUGGGCCUGUCACUCUACUCACUCGGCGCCAUCCUUUUCUGGCCUGUCGCUCACGCUUCCACCACAACCACCAACACCCGCGCUGUCUUUGGUGGUUUCUGCGCCUGCACCCUCGUCAUCGCCUGCGGUCUUGCAACCCUUGAGACGGCUGCCAACUCCUACGCCGUCGUCAUCGGCAAGCCUGAGUCCGCCUCCGCUCGCCUUCAGUUCUGCCAGUCCUGGAACGGUGUUGCCUCCUUCAUCGGACCUCUCAUCGCAUCCAAGUUCUUCUUUGAAGGCGAGAACGCAAAUUCUCUUACCAACGUCCAAUUCGUCUACCUUGCCGUCUCCUGCGCAGGCGCUGCUGUCGCCGUGCUCUUCUUCUUCGCACGUCUCCCUGAAGUCUCGGAGCAGACGAUCGAGGAGUCUGGCGUUAGCGCGGAUGCCGUCCCAGGUCAGCAGGUCGCCGGCCAGGGCCCCAUCUACAAGCAAUACAACCUCAUCUUUGCCUUCCUCGCCCAGCUCUGCUAUGUCGGUGCCCAAGUAACGAUCGCCACCUUCUUCAUCAACUACGCCAACGAGAACGGUGGAUUUUCCACUAGCCAAGCCUCCAACAUGCUCUCCUACGCCCUCAUCACCUUUACAGUUGGCCGCUUCAUCGCCACCGGCCUCGCGACCAUCUUCCAGUCCGACUUCCUCCUGGUCAUCUACUCGACCUGUGCCAUCGCCCUGACGGCUUACGUUUGCGUUGGCAGGGGUACUCCGUCCGUUGGCGUCCUCAUCGCCAUCUUCUUCUUCGAGGCGCCUAUGUACCCCACGAUUUUCGCUCUCGGUACUGCGAACCUCGGUCGUCAUACCCGUCGCGCUGCCGGUAUCAUGGUCAUGGGUGUCUGUGGUGGAGCCAUCUUUCCUCCCAUCCAGGGCGCUAUUGCUGACGCCAUUGGCACCCGCAUUUCCUACGUUGUGCCUCUUGUCGGAUUUGUUUACGUCCUGGGCUACGUGACGCUGCACUGGUUCCGCCACGGCCGCCAUGUCAUGCGCGUCAAGGAGACGACUUACCCCGUCAUCCAGACCGACCUCAUCGGAGGUAUUGCUACCGUUGAGGAGCCCGAGAAGAAGCACGUCGAUGCCUGGGUUGAGCGUGUCUAA